AUGUCUGCUCCGGCUUCCUCGCUCAUUUCGCGCCCCACUGGCCUCGUCGACCUCGAGUCGAUGAAGUCGUGGGGUCUUGAGAGCCUCUCCAAGGCUCGUUUCUCCUUUGACACCAAGACCACCGCCGCCACCAUCUUGACGGCCAUCAUCUCGCUCCUUGUCCUUGAGCAGGUUGUCUACCGCUCGAAGAAGGCUCACCUUCCCGGUGACAAGUGGACCAUCCCUAUCAUUGGCAAGUUUACCGACUCGCUCUACCCUUCCCUUGCCAAGUACAAGAAGCAAUGGUACUCUGGUGAACUCUCUUGCGUCUCGGUGUUCAACAUCUUCAUUGUCAUCGGCUCGUCGAACAAGAUGGCCCGCAAGAUCAUGAACUCGCCCAACCACGCUGAGCCCUGCCUCGUCGCCUCGGCCAAGAAGGUUCUCCUCCCCGAGAACUGGGUCUUCCUCCACGGCAAGGUCCACUCGGACUACCGCAAGGCUCUCAACGUUCUCUUCACCCAGAAGGCUCUUUCGAUCUACCUCCCCAUCCAGGACCGCAUCUACCGCCAGUAUUUCAAGGAUUGGCUCUCGUGGGGUGACCACCGCCCUACCAUGCUCGCCAUGCGUGACCUCAACAUGGAGACUUCGCUUUCGGUCUUUGUCGGCGACUACCUCAACCAGGCUGAGAAGGAUGAGAUCAACGAGAAGUACUGGCUCAUCACCUGUGCCCUUGAGCUUGUCAACUUCCCGUUCGCCAUCCCCGGCACCAAGGUCUACAACGCUAUCAAGGCCCGCAAGAUUGUCAUGAAGUACCUCAUGCGUGCUUCCGCCGCGGCCAAGAUCCGCAUGGCCGACUUUGACAACGAGCCCGAGUGCCUUCUCGACGCUUGGGUCCGCGCCAUGCUCCUCGCCAAGGCUGGCAAGUCGGAGGAGGCUGAGCUCCUUUCGCGCGAGUACAGCGACAAGGAGAUUGGUCUUGUCAUUCUUUCGUUCCUCUUCGCGUCCCAGGACGCCAUGUCCUCUGCCAUCGUCUACGCCUUCCAGCUCACCGCCGACAACCCGCACGUCCUCGAGAAGAUCCGUGAGGAGCAGUACCGUAUCCGUGGCGGCGACCUCGACGCCCCCCUUACCUUUGACGCUGUCGAGGAGAUGGUCUACACCCGCGCCGUCAUCAAGGAGGUUCUCCGCAUCCGUCCCCCCGUCAUCAUGGUCCCCUACCUCACGACCAAGGCCUUCCCCGUGUCCGAGAACUACACCGUCCCCAAGGGCUCGAUGAUCAUCCCCGCUUUCUGGAACUCGCUCCACGACGAGACCUGCUACCCCGAGCCCGACGUGUUCAAGCCCGAGCGCUGGCUCCAGAACGAGGACGGCUCUGCUCCUCUUGCCGAGUCCAAGCCCCAGAACUACAUGGUGUGGGGCUCCGGACCGCACAAAUGUAUUGGUCACCAGUACGCGUCGAUGCACCUUACCGCCACGCUCGGCACCGCGUCGACCAUGAUGGACUGGGAUCACAGGCGUACCCCCGACUCUGACGAGAUCAAGGUCAUUGCUGGUAUCUUCCCCCGCGAUGACCUCAUCCUCAAGUUUACCCCCCGCGUGUAG